CUCGCCCAAGUCAGUCAUGUCGCCGCCAGGUUCACCAGGCGCGUCCACCGAGGAUGUGGAGAAGAAGGUCGACUUCCAGCACGCUGAGCACGUCGCGCCUGAGCUGCAGGCGUCCGGUUCGGGUUCGUGCGCGGAUAAGGAUGCGGCACUCGAGAUCCUUGGGCCAGAGGCGAAACCGAUUCAUAUCACCCCCGAGGAGGAUCGCGCGGUCCUGCGUAAGAUUGACCUCUGGUUGAUGCCUAUUAUCUUCAUGGUCUAUUUUCUGCAGCAGCUGGACAAAUCGUCGCUGUCGUAUGCGUCGGUGUUUGGCAUUGUCGAGGAUGCCCAUCUCGUUGGCCAGCAGUACAGCUGGCUGGGUAGUAUCGUCUACGUGGCGCAGUUGAUAUGGCAGCCAGUCUCAUCGUAUUUCCUCGUGAAGCUACCAGUGGCGAAGUGGCUCUUCUUCAACGUGCUCAUGUGGGGUGUCGUGGUGUCCUGCACUGCGGCUGCGAACGACUUCAGUAGCCUCCUGGCAACUCGUUUCUUCCUAGGUAUUUUUGAGGCGACGGUUGCGCCGUGCUUCAUCACGAUUACUCAGAUGUGGUGGAGGCGACGUGAGCAGACCUUACGUCUGUCCAUAUGGUUCGCAGCCAACGGCGCGACAGGAAUGGUUGGGUCGCUCCUAUCGUGGGGCAUCGGGCACAUCAAUGGCAAACUCUUUCCAUUCCAGUCGAUCUUCCUUUUCAUCGGUCUGCUGACCGUAGUGCUUUCACCACUCGUAUGGUUGAUCCUGCCCGACUCUCCAGUCAAAGCGCGGUUCCUUAGUCACGAAGAGAAGGUCAUCGCCGUCGAGCGUCUUCGUGCGAAUAACAUGGGGACAGAGACAAAGGUUUGGAAGUGGGAGCAAGUCUGGGACCUGGCACUCGAUAUUAAGACUUACCUCUGGUUCGCUCUGCUCUUCUUAUGCGCGCUCCCGAGCGGUGGUAUCUCAAACUUCGGCCCCUUGAUAAUCAGCGGCUUUGGCUUCAAUCAGUUCCAAACGCUAUUAUUCAACAUCCCCUUCAACGCCCUGCAAGUCAUCCUCACCGUCCUAUCUGCCUAUAUCUCCACGAAGAUCAAGCUCAAGUGGCCGGUCGUGUUCUUUCUGUGCCUGCCGCCAAUAGCAGGUUCCUCGGCAUUGCUCGUUCUCGGACGAGGCGCGGAACUUAAGAACAAGCUGCUGGGGUGCUACUAUGUUCUUUCGUUCUUUAGCACGAUCCAACCUAUGCUGUACACCUGGAGCAGCCAGAACACUGCGGGACACACCAAGAAGCUUUGCACAACAGGCGUUGUCUUUGUCGCUCAAUGCGUCGGUAAUAUUGUAGGUCCGUUGCUGUAUACGACAGAAGAGGCCCCUUACUAUCAUCGUGGCCUGAUCGCUGAUCUCGUCUGUUGGAUCGCGCUGGCGAUUCUCAUUCUCUUCACCGCCGCCUACUUGGCCUUCCUCAACAAGCGGCAUGCUGCGAUGCGCAAGCGCAUGGGCAAAGCCGCGGAUAUCAUUGAUACAUCUCUGGAGACUACAGAACGGUCUGCACAGUUGCAGAAGGCCAACGAGGAGAAAGAGCAAGCCGAGGGCGCCGACCCAGUUGUGCUCAACAACCGCGCGUUCGACGACCUGACGGAUAUGCAGAACGAGGAUUUCAUAUAUGUGCUGUAACGUAGACAUGUACGUAAGACUUUGCCCACUAUUGGAAGAUCCUUGCGUAG